UAUACUUCUCAUCCCCUCUACUCUCUUGUGGAAGCACAUUGUUCAACGCGGGCUCAUUUUACCCUAGAACCAAUGAAUGCCCUGGUGCAUUUUAGCUACUGAAAAUUAAAACACUUCUCCUCGGACAGCACAAGGUGCAGAUAUCUGGAGACGGCGGGAAGCAGACCAAGAACAUUUUGUUUCCUCCUGAUUACAGCUGAGAGCAGUGGUGUGUGCGGUGAGCAGCAGCAGCAGCAGCAGCAGCAGCAGCAGCGGCAAAGAUGACGGAGUAUAAGCUGGUGGUGGUGGGAGCUGGAGGCGUGGGCAAGAGUGCACUCACCAUCCAGCUCAUCCAGAACCACUUUGUGGAUGAAUAUGACCCCACCAUAGAGGACUCGUACAGGAAACAGGUUGUGAUUGACGGCGAGACCUGCCUGCUGGACAUCCUGGACACUGCAGGUCAGGAGGAGUACAGCGCCAUGAGGGAUCAGUACAUGAGGACAGGGGAGGGUUUCCUCUGUGUCUUCGCCAUUAACAACACCAAGUCUUUUGAGGACAUUCACCAGUACAGAGAACAGAUUAAACGUGUAAAGGACUCAGACGACGUUCCCAUGGUGCUUGUGGGAAACAAAUGUGACCUCCCAGCACGCACGGUGGACACAAGGCAAGCCCAGGAACUCGCCCGCUCCUACGGCAUCCCUUACAUCGAGACCUCUGCUAAGACACGACAGGGAGUAGAGGACGCCUUCUACACACUGGUUAGGGAGAUCAGACAGCAUAAGCUGCGGAAGCUGAACCCACCUGAUGAGAGUGGUCAGGACUGUAUGAGUUGUCGCUGUGUGGUAUCGUGAUGCAGCUGACUGUUGCACGUUGAGGAGAAAUGCUACAGCACAUAGUGGCAGCAUGGACUUAAAGAUAGAAAGAUAAAACAAGUCAAUGAUGAAAUAUAAACUUUUUUCAAAAAGAAGAUGAUUGAAGCAAAAGCUCUCAAGGAAACCACCAGAGCUGACUGAACCAUAGACCUUUUAUGGAAAGGAGGAUUUGGACUGUUGCCUAAGUGGCUACCUGAACUAGCCUGGUCCGGCCCUUUUUUUCGGUCCACACGUCGACUUGUGAGCAACACCACUAAUGACUCUUUGUCAACUCCAGUGUGGUCUCGCUGGAUAGCUCCACAAGUUUCCUGCUAACUUAUUGUUUUCAGUCUCAACACUGGUCUUAAAAGGGGGUGUCUCUGACCUCCUCCCACCUUGAAAAGCCCAAUUCCACUCUCCCUGCCUGCCCACUGGAAGGACUGACUGACUUAAAUGGAAAGGACUGGAAUGAACAUUUAGUUGCCCAAACACCUCUCACAAAAAUACCCCGCCCAUCCCGCUCUACCUGCCUUUGAUUUCCCUCAAAUGGCUGUGUAGUCCCUUCAUACUAGAUACAAGGGGUGGAGGCUAACAUGGGAAUGACUAUAAAUUGUUGUUGUUGUUUAACAGUUAGCCUAGCUGUAAAAAAGAAAAAAAUGUCAGAUUUUGUUUUUGAUAUGGAACUUUUUUUUUUUGCGAUUGCAGAAUUUGAAAGUCACUGAGCAAUAUGUGAACUAUGGUGUUUAUUUCAGAUGGCACCUGGUUUGACAUUUUCUUCAUGACCUGUCUGACAUAGUCGGAAUUCCUGUUGGGAUAGAACUGUUGAAUGGAGAAUAUAAAGAUAGAUGAAUUUCAGGAAUGCAGCUGCCUUCUUUCCUUACAGAAGUUUCUUUGCUAAGAUUUGUCUUUGUGGAAUAAUAAUAGUAAUGGCUAGUGUACGUAGGUUCUGGUGCAAUAGGAUUCUUUACUGUCCACAAAGUAUUGGGAACAAACCAUCACUCAUGGCUACUUAUUUCCCUGUUUUACUUUGGUUUAGGAAGGAGAGGUACCAUGCAUGAAAAUGUAGUUGCUAAAGCUGGAGAGGUUGCCUGUAGAAUAGUUGGAAAACCCUACACUUGUAUAUACAAUGACAGGUUAUGGUUUAGACAAAAUGACAACCAGUUGAUUUUUCUUGCAUUUCAAUUUCAAUUUUCAGUUUAGUUCGCAGUGAUAACAACUUUUUUAUUUUUUUUAGAUUGCAAGAGUCGCUCCUUUUGGAUAAUAAGGCUCAGGAAUCAGUCCUGGAAACCAGGGUUAAAGGAUGUCACCAGUUAGCUUUGCAGAGUGUAAUGCACAAGUCCUGCCUCAGAGUCUAAAGUCAGUUUUUUUCCACACACCAUACUAUCCUCAAACUGCUCCUCUUUCUCUGCCACCUCAGCUACCUACAAAGGAACAAUAACAGGUCAGGUGCUACUCAUGUCAGAACCAUAUUUACUGUAUACGUGGGACUAUUGUGUGUAAUAGGUGAUGGAUAUUGGGUUAUGGGAGUGCAUUGCUUGUUUCUUAAUACUGACUAGCUUGUGCUCUCCACACCUGCAUUAAUUUGCUGCCUAAAUGAAAAAGACUGCUCUGUGUUUACUUUGCCUUAUCUGUUAGCUAGUUUGUACCUCAUGUAUGCAGCGAGCUCUACCUGAGACAAGUAUGUGUUCUGUCGGCUGCAUUGUUUUGUUUCUGUUUGAUUAUGUGUGCAACUAAAAAAUCUAGAAGUGUGUUGAGUUUAGACAUGCGCUGUAUAGAAUUUGAAAGACAAGUCCCUAAAAACACUACACUGUUUUUAAAAAAGGGUUUUUUCUGUAAUGGCAUGUGCGUCUGAAUGUUCAACUCUGUUCAACAAGACUGAAAAAAAACCAACAAAGUUUAAGAGACUUACUUAGACAAGGCCCAGUAUAAGCCAAGUUGUCUUGCUCCCUUUAUAUGAAGAUUCAUUCCCAUUACACUGGAACAUGUGAUGGUGAUUACUAGAAAUAGUUACUUUUAGUCCAGAUUAUACUUAAACAUUUCAGAAGAUUGGUUAUGUAUGAUAAUGUACGGAGUUCCAGACACUACAGGGAGGUUUUGUCAACAGGCUUCAGAUGCAAACCUCAACGAUAUCUUAGACCUCUUCUGUGAAAGACGUCAAACGUUAUUUUGCCAUUGUGUCCUUUCAAGGGAAGUGAACAUUUUAUUUCUGAUCUAAUUGAUUUUGUACAGUUAAAACGACUCUUUUUCACUCAUAACAUGGCUCAAAGAAAUAUGAUCAGUCUAGUUACUGUGUGGAUGGUAGUGGUCAAGUUGUUUUUAUCAGUUAACUGUUCAUUUCUCUGCUUGGAGGAAUGAUAUGAAUUGUGAAUGUGUUUGAGUCUUUAGAUAUUGUUUGAAAGAAGCUUCGUGUUAAACAUUUACAAUAUUGAAAUAAUGCAAGAGUUGAUCCUUGGUCCCACCUUUGGCUGUGUUGUUCCUAACUUUUAUUUUUCACCCACUGUACUCAAACUUUUUAAUGGAAAAAAAGAGUGUGGUGUUUGUAACAUGUAAUGACAGUCCUGAUAAUAUGCUUGUCCUCACCUUGUCAAUCUUUUAAACAGUACAUCCAUGAUAGUAAUACCAUAGAAUUCCACAAAUCUGUGUAUUUAAAUUCCCAUUGCAUUAGAAUAUCAGCAUAAUGUUGCCCCAGGGAUACUCCAGCCAGCAAAUCACAAAUAUACAUGUCAGCAAACCUGGCGAGCAUGACAAAGACUGUACGGACCAUUGGGAGUUUUGCACAAGGACACAGUGGGGUCAAGGGCUUGUUUCUUGCAAACUGUGGAACUGAGGUGUGGAAGGAAUUUGUGAAAAUGUCAACUGUUUAGCUAUUUAAGAUGUAUUUACUCUUUGAAAAUGUGGCAAAUGUAUUGCAGGACAGGAAUAAAGAUGUCAAGAUGAAA